AUGGACCUAAUCGGACGAGGGCUAGGCCUCGAUGAUCAGCUCCAGGAAGAUGUAAUCUCGGACGCUGACUCUGAUGAAUUAGAGCUCCGGUUGGAGAAUGCUCGUUUUGAACAGUCCGUCCAGGCUUUCCUGGCUUCGUAUCGAGACCCAGAUGAAGAUGAACCCUCUUCAAGAACCAAAAGAGGGAAGUCAACGGCUGGACGGCACUCUCGCACCAACCGAAAGGAACUGGAGCCCCGUGCUGAUAUCAAGCUUCGGUUGGCUGAGGUCAACAGGACCUUCCUCAAUGGCGACUAUCCUGAGGCAGAGCGAAGAAUACAUGAGAUCAUCAGGAUAAAUGCCGAGACGUACCAGGCAUGGAUGACAUUGGCGACUAUUUGCGAGGAGCAGGGUAGAGAUUCCGAUGCGCUCACUGCCAAGCUGUACGCGUCUCAUCUUCGACCGAAAGAUGCCAGUGGUUGGCUCAGCUGCGCGGCUCUCGCCCUGGGUAUGGCCGGCGACGAUGACGACAGUCCAGCACUCAAGACCGCAGGAACAUGUUUCGCCUCAGCCGUACUUGCGCAGCCAACAAACAUCGAGGCAAGACUUGGCAGGGCCGAGAUUCCCGGUUUCGACACAUCUGCAUAUGAGUUGCACCUUUAUGGAUCGGGCUUGCCCCUUGAGCUCCGCGCCCGGCUUGCCCUGUAUCGACUCAAAAUGGGGGACCAAGAAGAGUCAAGUAGACAUCUUCAGUGGCUAGAUCCCACAGAAAGCGCAACCGCUUCAGCUGUUGAUGACUUCCCAGGCUUGAUACGGGAUAUCGCGGAUGCUCUAAACUCAUCUGGCGAUGCUUUGCGGGCUCUCGACUACUACGAGCUCCUACGAAAUUCUGUCUAUGGACAAGACCCAGACCUUCUGCUCGAUCUUGGUAAAUGCCAUCUCACCAAAGGUGACACUGGUGCAGCUGAAGACUGUUUUUUACUCACAAUACAGGUGGACGAUAGCAACAUUGAUGCUCGCAUCGAACUGGCUAAGAUUUACGAGGAUGCUAGGGAAGAUGAGGAAGCACUCAUCCUCGUCACAGAAGCUAUUGCAUUGCAGGGCGCUGAAGAACAUGCAUAUCGUGCUGUUCGCGGCAAAACUGAUGCAUAUUCGGCAGACGCGGACGCAACCACUAAAAACAGAAAGCGGCCGCACGGGCACAACCCAGCUCCAGGUUCAGUUGUGAGACCCCGGUAUCGACCUAAAAGAUUGGUCGCGCCCGACCAACGACGGCGGGAGGAGCGUGACCGGGCUGACGAGCUCUCGCGACGCCACAAGGAAGUACGUGACCUCAAGAGGGGGAUUCAAGAAGGCAACCGAGGGCUCAUACCAAUAUGGAUGGCAGCAGCGAAAGACCUUGUGGAUGAUUUUCGCUCCUUUAGGAAGUUUUAUACUUGGGACAAAUACGUGAAGUACCUGGGCGCGAGCGAGGGGAUUGUCUUCAACGCUCCUAUCGAGACGCAGUACGGUACAGGCACAUCAGAACUGCACGAGCUGGCCGAGAGAUUGUCUCGGAACGUUGCACCUUCACAGGGGGACGAUGGCAGGGUUCAUGUGCCAUCGGAUGAUGACGGCCACCGCGGUAUACCUUUUGGAGAGUGGCUGGAGCUGUUUCUCGAUUUUGCAAUAAGCCUGGCGCUCGAGGGACAUGGCCACGAAGCCUAUCAGGUCUGCGAGGCCGCUCGAGACUCGAUUGUCUUCGUGAACUCAAAAGACUUCAUGUUUCUCAUCCAUGUGGCAUGGGCCGCAUGUGCAAUUUAUCUCGGAGACGAGGAGAUCCUUUAA